UGAGUGUGAAGGUCUGGUCGCGGCGUUGCUGUAUGUCAGACGUCUGGGUUGUAGAAGGAGUGCCAAGAUUUCCUUGCGACGAACAACUUUUUGGCCAAACCGACCCCCACAUUCUGCCGAUCGGCGCCCCCCCUCCUCGGCCCGGCCGUUUCUCCGCGAGCCCUCCUUCCUGCCACCUUGUCUGACCUCAUCGCCGCGCAGACCUCCCCUUUCCAAAAGCCCAAAAAAAAGAGUCGCGAAUAUGUGGAUAUUGCCGUUUCUUGGAUACGUGGGUGUUGUGCUGGGGUUUGCAUUUCUGACGCUUGCUAUUGCAUCCGGACUAUAUUAUCUCUCCGAACUUGUUGAAGAACACACCGUGUUUGCGAAGAAACUGCUCUACCGCCUCAUCUAUGGCGUCGUCGCUGUCCAGCUGUUACUGCUGGUUGUGGAUAAGUUCCCGAUCGGGUUGAGCGCACUGAGUAUUGUGAGCCAUGGGGUGUACGCGCAGAACCUGCGCAGGUUCCCGAUUGUCAAGCUGACGGAUCCGCUGUUCUUGCUGUCUUGUGGCCUCGUCAUAGCAAACCACUACCUUUGGUUCCGCCACUUCAGCGCGCCGCCACCCGCCUCCGCAUACGCCGCUUACCCCUACUCGCGCGCUGCCAACAUCCCCUCCUUCACCGAGAUCGCGAGUUACUUCGGCCUGUGCGUCUGGCUCGUGCCGUUUGCGCUCUUCGUCUCGCUCUCGGCUGGCGAGAACGUCCUCCCAUCUAUGGGAUCUGAGUACGCGACGGGCGACGGGAGUAGCUACAUCACGCCGGGGAAGACGUCUGGGUAUGGAGUAGCGACCGGCGGGAUAGGCGGCGCGACGGGUGGGGGCAGGAAGAGGAGCGGGACGAAUGCGGGGAUGGCUAAGGCGGUUGUUACGGGAGUUAAAGAGUGGGUUGGGGAGACAGGGGAGGUUAUGGGGUUUUGGAAGGGCGAAAGGACGAGGCCUGGGUUUUGAGACGGGUAAGGAGGUAUGAUUGUACGAG